CCUUCACAUCUUCCGAUCUGAACUCUUCAUUUUCUCUAUCUCCAAACUCAACUGCUUCGUCUCCUAGAUCUGCAAUGGAUUCGUACGAUUUGCGCUUCGAAUCCAUUAUCCCGGAGACACAAUUUGAGGAUAUUGGAAUUGAUGAUGGGGAUUUCAUCUCUGACAAGGUGGAGGACGAGGUCAUCGUCAUCGCCAGCGACGACGAUAUGGCCAAUGUUGCCCCGGUCAGAGAGAGGAAGGACGUUGUCCUUCUUGAAUCUCAGAAAGACACUGUUUUUCUUCUUGGGAGGGAGGAGCCUAACUUCGUUGUUCUAGACGGUGAUAUUGAUGAUGCUGAUUGCUCUAAUUGUUUCUUUGCAAUGGCCCAUAUGCUACUGACUGUUCUUGUAGACACUUUAAAUUGUGCUGCAAGGCCGCCUGGACAUCGGGAUGAAAAAAGGAAGAGGAAUAAAGCUGAAUGUGAAAGGAUUGUUGAAAAGAUUAUGAAGACAAAGAUGGAGAAGAAAGGGGAGUAGUGCUGGGUGUUACUGUAAUAAUCUUGGGGAGGGGGU